AUGGGUUUCGAUUUAUGCCCGCAACGGAACAAGAACAGCAUUGGAUCUCGCUGCUCUGAUCUCUCAAAGGCACUUGGAUUUAACCCUAAUUGCGGCGAUGUUUAUUUAUAAGCGCUUGA